UAAUAUCCAAUUACAACAGCUCAACCAAUGCCAUCUUUUCAUCUUCUUAAUUCUUUCAAUUUUCUCUCACUUUAAACCUUAAAUAAAUUUGGACGCAUUUCGACUAUAUAUUAAACUGAACAGUUUGUUACUGACAAAUUUUGAUCUUUUUACUGACAAAUUUUGAUCUUUUUUUUUUUUAAUCGGCGGUUGAUGGAAUCAAGGCGGUCGAAGAAUUUGUUGGCGCCGGGGUUCAGAUUUCACCCGACGGAUGAGGAAUUGGUGCGGUACUAUCUCCGGCGAAAGAUUAUUGGGAAACCCUUAAGAUUUGAUGCAAUAUCAGAGAUCGAUAUCUACAAAGUUGAACCAUGGGACCUUCCUGGUAUGUCGAGGCUGAAAACAAGAGAUCUGGAAUGGUACUUUUUUAGCAUGCUUGAUAAGAAGCAUGGUAAUGGAGCAAAGACCAAUCGGGCGACGGAACGAGGCUACUGGAAGACAACUGGAAAGGACAGAGCUGUCCAUCAUAAGUCUAAAGUUGUCGGGAUGAAGAAGACCCUAGUUUAUCAUAGUGGUCGGGCUCCAAAAGGUCAGAGGACUAAUUGGGUUAUGCAUGAGUACAAACUAAUUGAUGAGGAAUUGGAUAAAGCUGGAAUUGCUCAGGGAAAUGGAGGGAGAUUGAAAAUAAAUUGUGAACUCUGUUUUCUAUCAGGAAGCUAGAAGGAGAUAAUAUUCUCCCUCCAUCA